AGAUAAUUAUAGAACUCUCAACAACAAACUUGUUUGUUUCACAGUUUCAAAAAUAGAGUGGUGAUAACAAUGGUGACAACAAUAACAUGAUGAUGAGCUGACCACAAUGACUUUCACUUCAUGUCGCAUUUUACCAGUAAAAAUGGUGACAACACCAAUGAUAAGAUCAAAGCUCAUGAGGACUAAGUUUCCAACACUCUUAUCAUGUGCUAAUCUCGUUUCAAUAAUCAAAAACUAUUGUUUAGUGGACUCAUUAAAAGCUAAUAUCUUAACCUACGGAAAAUACAUACACACAGAUAAGUCAGAAACAGUUGUACAAUACUGAAGUCAGAGUCUUCCUUUGAUGCGAAUAGCAUUCAUCCUUUGAUGCCUACCUACUUCCACUCAUCACAUACCCAAGAUCCUCAAACCUCUGAAUCUCAUCAGCGUUAAGACCCACUUCUCCUCUUCGGUGGGAUAAGUUUCCCUUGCUGCACAUGGCGUCUCCUUCACCAGGUCUUAAAGCACCUCCAUAACUGAUGUGACCUUCAGCGACCUCAGCUUCUUCUUCAUCUUUAGGAGCUGCUAAAGCUUUCUUCUUUGACUCAAUCAUCUCUUUGAACUUGUUCAACUCCUCUUCAUCAAACUCAGGAUCCUUCACUGUUUCUUCUACUUUCGCCUUUGAAUCAGUAUCAGAACCAGACGACUUCUUUCUCUUUGACUUGGUGUGUUACGAAGCACUAAUCUCAGAUCCGAUUCACUGUUGUAUUAUGUAUCUAUUCUUCCUCAUAUGUCCCUGCUUCUUCUUGCUACUACUUGUGCUCUUCAUCUUCCUCUUCGCCUUCUAAUAUUGGGCCAUAUACAAAAAUAAAGCCCAACUAAAAUUUAUCGAACAUCUUCGAUCUUCAUUACAAAGCAGAGCCCCAAAUGUUUUGAUUAGGGCCGAUUGAGUCCUCUAAUCCUUUUUUAUCUUCUUUCAAAUGGGAAGUCUCUCCAUCUCCACCCUUCCUCUGUCGCCGUUUCGGAUUCAGACUCAAACCCGAUUUACGAUAAUCAGUACCCAAACGAAUACCGGAUCAUUCAAUCUCAAGCAGCCAAGGAUUUGCACGAAAGUUAGAGGUCUGGGAGGAAAUCGAAGAGAGCAGAAUGAUUCGAGAUUCGUCGAUGAAAAUGGCGACAUGGAAGGUUACUUGGAUCAUCUCUCUCUCGAAUACGACUCUGUAUGGGAUACAAAGCCCUCCUGGUGUCAACCAUGGACGAUAGUGGUGACGGGUUUGUCAAUAGUGGCUUGUAGCUGGGCAAUACUACAUUCGGUUUUAGUUUCAUCGCUUGCCGUUGGUUUGAUUGGUGCUUGGUGGUACAUUUUCCUUUACAGCUACCCAAAGUCUUACUCAGAAAUGAUUGCUGAAAGAAGGAAAAGAGUAGCUGAUGGUUUUGAAGAUAUAUACGGCAAAAACAAGACUUCGUAGUCAAUAAUCCCCUACUCCUAAUGUUCGAAAUAUCAUUCUAUCUAUAUAUUAGUUUUUAUCUCAGUUUCAUUCA